AAUGAAGCAGCAGACAAGCUUGCAAAAAAUGCUAGCGGCGUUUGCAGAAUUCCGGAUGUGCGAGUUACUGAGUUGACAGGAAUAGAUAUUUCUCAAACAAAACUGUGAAGUUUCGGUUUGUUUUCGGUUGCUUUGAAUAAGUCAAACUGCUAUCGCUGCUUUGUUAUUAAUAUCAAAAACAUUAAAAGAUAUCAAAAAUGUAACGCUGACGAGGUCAUGCGCGACCCGAUAAAAGGCUUUGAGAGAGUAGAUACGAUAGCGGACAAGGAACGCGGUAGCAUAACUGGUGUCACGCCGUACGGACUUGGCUAUCGCAUGGGUAUAAAGACUCCAGAUGUCUCCGCGAUUCGCCAGCGGUAAGAGAGAUAAAGACGAUAAAGACGACAGCGAUAACACCAACCGCACAAAAGUAGCUCACUCAGCAGCAGGAAGAAUUGUGCCCGUGCAUCUCUCUAUCUCUUUGACGAUGGCCGAAAUUCAGAAGGCAGGAGAGGCAGGAGAGAAAGAAGAGGCAGAAGAGGCAGCAAAGACAGCAGAAGCGAUGGAUAGGAUUGAGGUAUAUACAGACGGCUCAGUACGAUACAGAGAAGGUUGGAUGAUGGGCGCAGGUGCAGGGAUCUACUUUGGUCCUGGUGAUCGACGCAAUCGAUCAUACAUGAUCCCGACAGACGAAUAUUUGUCACCCAGACGCGCAGAACUCAUUGCAAUACUGGCGGGGUUACAGAUGUGUAUUCAUGAUGAGCGACCGAUAGUGCUUUACACGGAUUCUCAGUCGGCAAUUAACGGUGAGUGUAUGCAUUUGCUGACAGAGGCGAGGAGAGGACUGAGAGAUCAAAUAGGGAUCGACCGGCUGCGCGAAUACGUUUAUCACUUAAAGGAACUCCCAGUCAAAGAAGCAAACUUCGAACCCAUAAAUGAUCCUGACCUGGACUUAAUCCUACAGAUAUUUAGUAUUAUACGGAUUCGGUUGGGAACACCUCUAGACGUGGAGAUUAUAAAGGUACGGGCGCAUUCUGGCAUAAAAGGCAAUGAAGCAGCAGACAAGCUUGCGAAGAUUGCUAGCGGCGUGCGCAGAAAUCCACAUGUGAGAGUUACUGAGUUGACGGGAAUAAAUACUCAUCAACAAAACAAUACGCUUUUGGUUUGUUUUCGGUUGCUCUUACUAUUCCCAGAUACAAUUGCUUUUUUGCAAGAACACUUUGGCACUCAAUAACGACUGUCGAGAACUAUCAAAGUGAGCUUCUGGCCUCCUCAGAUCAGCUGUGCG